AUGUCCAACUGUGCGAGAUUCCUAAAAGAGAUUCUAAGCAACAAAAGAAAGCUGGAGGACUUGGGAUUAGUGACACUAAAUGAGGAGUGCUCAGCAAUUCUUCAAAACAAGCUGCCAGUAAAGUGGCGUGAUCCAAGGAGUUUCACUGUUCCCUGUAUUAUUGAUGAUUUGCAUAUUAGUGAUGCUUUAGUUGGUUUAGGAUCUAGCAUCAACUUAAUGCCUACUAGUUUUUUUGAAAAGUUAGGUUUAAGUGAGCCAAAACCUACUAGGAUGAGAGCGUCUGAGUUAGCGGAUAGGGGUGAGAGUAGCAUCCCUUUAAUCCUAGGUAGACCUUUCCUUGCAACAUCUAGAAAUUUUGUUAUAAUGUGUGUGAUGAGAAGUUCUGAGUUUAGAGUAGAUAAUGAGACUAUUACCUUUGACCUUAGCACUUCUAUGAGACAUUUACUUGACCAUGAUGAUACUGUAUACUCUGUGGAUGUUUUGGAUGAUAAUGUGGGCUCUCAAUUACAAAAGAUAUGUUUCGAUUUCUUUAUUCUUUCAUUGUAA